GAUCGUACUCGAAGCUGAGCACCGGGAAAGGCUUCUUUGUGAAGUUGUGCCUCUCCUGCGCCACGGCGUGGACGUCCGAGUUGUCUCGGUGGCCGACAUCCGGCGAGCUGGCGGCGCCGAGGUGCAGCACGGAGCCCUCCAGGAGCACCAGGAGGACCAGCAAGAGGAGCCCGCGCCCCGGUACGCUGCCCGGGGAGGGAGGACCUCUCCGCGGGGGCAUCGGAAACGAGGCUCGUUUCAAGUUCAAGUUAGCUGGGGCAGCUUUGUCGCUUCAAACUUCGCCGACCGAGCGUCAAAGCGUAGAACCGUCGAGGAGGCGUUCGUCUCCGGGGAGGUUAAGCUAGCAGCGCGGGGCGUCUUGCUAGGCAGGUGAGCAGGCGAGGCCGGAGAAGGAAGCAGGAAACGCCGAGAUAAUUAGUAGUCGCUCUUAAUUCAACAACAACACCGUCGCUGCUGUCAAAAAGAAACAAGCGGAGGAGUUUCCUUCCCGGGGGUUUUACAAGUUUGCUCGACCACCGUGGACGUCCUCACACGGCAAAAGGUGUCAUUGUUGAUGCGGGAGACCCGCGACGACCAGCGGCAUGAUGAUCAUCUCCUCGGCGCCUCUCCGUCGCUGCCGAGUGGCCGGCAAAGUGUCUCCUGAGGCGGCGUCGCUCAGAUUCUGACCUUGAAGAGCAGCCGCGCCACCGCCGAGUCGCAUUUUGUCUCCUCGUCCAAACUUUCUUCAAUUGUUUUUUUUUUUUUUUUUGACGCGUCAAUGUCCGUGUGCGUACGCGGCACGUCCAACCCCGCCGGAGGAUGGUAAAGACGGGACCUUGGUGGGGUCAGCACCGGGGAGGGAGAGCCAGAGUGGAGGUGCCCCGCCUCGGCUUUAGGGAAGCUUCUCGUACUGCUUGUCAAACCACGUCGGCCCUGCUGGGUGUUGUUUCCCCCUUCAACCUUCAAAAUGCAGAGGCUUUCGCGGAGGUUUGCUGGAUGAGAAGAGGAGGAGGCUGGAGGGCGGAGGACGAUGGCCGUGAAACAGUGACACUUAGCGGCAUGGAGGACAGACGUGUUUUAUGCCACUCCUUCUUUGUGUCAAUUUGUCCACCAAACAUUUUAUGCUGUGCCUUAAGGCACAAAGAUACAUCACGUCGCACUUCCAACCUUUGCCCUGGCAAUCUCCCCCCAACAAGAACGCAAAUCAUCCCUCUGGGCUGGACAAUCUUGGAGACGUUCCACCAUUUACCCCCAAUUCCAAGCCUUGAUGCUGAGUGCCAAGCAGGGGAGCUGACUUUUUGGAGUGCAAACAAACAAGGCCAACUGGAGCCUGACCUCCACCUGACCUCCACCGACACGCUUCCGUGUCGACCUUGUCCUCGUUCAACCAUCUUGCCGUGCUCACUUCUAUUUGUUCUUCAGCUAUUCUGUCCAUUCAACCACUUUUUCCAGAGUAAAAGUCAAGUCGUCAAGAACACCCUCUUGACAACAGCCACCUCUGAAAGCUUCCAGGAGGCGUGUGUUGUGGCGUUUACAGAUUACAGCAAUUACACCUCCAAUAACCGCUUAUCUGCCGGCCAGAGAAACUCUCCAAUCUGUUUGUCGUCUGACGUUAUUCUGGACUUUAUCAGCAGCUGCUGCUUCUUCUGUGUCGUCUGCAGACUGAAACAUGAAGACGCUAUAAACAGGAAACGGACAAACGCGCUUUGGUUUUGUCUCAUUGCGGGCAGGAAGACGGCCUCAUUUGCGUGAGUGACACACACCAGACGCACACACAGACACACACAGACACACACACACACACACAAACACACACACACACAUACAUGUCUCGCCUACUUUGUGUGGACCCACGUUUGGUCAGUAGGUUGCGAGGGCCCCCCUUUCCACUAUAGCUAGAAGGAUGAAAACAAUAUACCUAGCACUAGAUGGGAGUAGAGAGUUGCAACCUCACUUCAGAAUGCAAAACACACAAAGAAAAGAAAGUAUUUAACUUCUGUAGUUGCUUGGUAGAUUUGACCGUACACACACAUAGUAAUAAGUUCUGUGAGUUGGCCAUUUUUAAGGACAGCAAAGUACUCGAUGAAGGUAACGCAUCUAAGUUGAAAAUAAAUCAUAUUUUGCUCA